GACGUUCUGGUCCAAGUAGGGGGUUUUCUGCUGCGUUUCCUCUGCUGGUGGCAUGUGUGCUGCAGGCCCGAGGUCACGGUUCUUUUCAAAGGAGCCAAGAAAGAAAGGAAGUUUAAUGUCUUAUAAGUGUUCUACAUAUAACUGCUCUAUUUUCAAGUUUGCCAUGUUUUAUAAUUAAAGUUGAAACUCACAAUAAAAAACCUGUUGCAGGUUUUAUCUUGGAAAGAGGGCAGGCAAGUCUCCCUCACCUGCUAUUGGAAUAUUCACAGGCAAAGAAAGUUUGUGUAUUUCAUUCCAGGUAACAAAAGUGCCUGAAAUUCACUUUGCAGUAACAGCUUAAGAGAAAUGUCAGACAGACAGCAGUGGGGCACGGGGCCCCGCAUCCCACCUGGGCACCGUGCUGGAGACCUCGCCAGCGGGUCCGUCUCUGUCUCCCUUGAAUGAUGUGUUUCACAGCAGAUCUGAUGUUGGUGUUGAUUUGCUGAGGCUCACAUGAGUACCUGGCAGCGGUGAGGGUCAUGGUGACGGCUCAAGCCUGUCCCAGCCCUGCUGCUCGGAAUCGGGGGAUCUGCACUUCCCACUGGGCACAUGGUGUGAGGUGACCUGGCCGCCUGAGUCCCCUCUGCCUUGGUGUCUCUGGGUGGGCAGGCAUGGCACCCUCGUGGCUCCACCUGCCAUGUGGAACUGUUCAGUCCCUCUGUCCCUCCUGUUUUCUCUGGUCAGCCCUUGGUCUGGACGAGGCCUAGGGGCAGUGCUGCAUGUUGACGUUGGAGGGUUUCGAGUUGAAUACCGGUAAGGUAACCCUGAGGGUUUGGUGGAAUUUGGCAUUUAGAUACGCAGCAAGACCUUCCGGCCGAUUGUGGAGACAGUGGAGGUGGGUAAUACCUGUUUUUUGUUGGGAAUUAAUGCGAGUCAGGCUGUGCAGUUAGGACAGCCUCAGAGCGGCUCCUCGGGUCUCCCGUGUUAGAAGGGUUUAGUCCCCUCAGGCCAUAGUCACUUGGGUUUUGCUGAGCUGUGCUGCACCAAGCCCACCUCGGGGGUCUGUGUCCCCACCUUUGUCCCCCCACCUCUCAGGGUUGCUUUAGAGCCGUACUCCGUGCUGACUGCCCCAAACACACAUGUCUGAGGACCUCCUGGGCUCAGCCUGACCCCUUCGCCCAGGUGCAGGCUCUGGGUGACCGCACAUGGCCUGCCCUUGAGCUCUCUUCUGUAGGGGCAGCCUGCCCACUUUCUUAUUGAGUGGAGCAGCACCGGGAGUGGCUGGCAUUAGGGACGUGGAAGGAGUGAUUCAGGAUGACUGAACGCCUCUUUGUCCCCCUGCACGUGCAGUGGGCAGUACCUGGAGUGGUUGUUUUCAGUGGAUGGUUGCCUCUCCCAUCAACUGGUUUGUCCCUUUUGUGCAUCAUUGCCAUGUACGUUGGGAUAGUGAGCAGGACAGAUGCUGUGUGCAGGCCCCUCGGUCGUGACAGCGCGUGCGCGCGCUCGGAGCCGUGCUGCUCACACCGGCGGCGGCUGUCUGUGGGCAGCACGCUGUCCUCAGGGCUCAGCUGCGCCUGUUCUAGAAGCUCACAGAAGUAGAAUCCUGCAUUUUUCCCCCUUUUUAUUCAGCAUGUUUGGCGAUUGAUCACGCUGUUGCGAUGCUGUGUUCCACUGUCAACCAUCAUUCUAUCAGGAGGUGCCCUGAGGGAUCUUGUGCUGGGCUGUCCACGCAGCCGAGUCAGAACCCACGUCACGAGCCCGGAGCUGGCGAGCGGCGUCGGUGCCAUGGAUGAGGGUCACCGAGGCACGCUUUAGGCCGGGAUAAACGCACAGCUGUCGCAGGUGGUGGUGAACUUUUACGUGACACGGAAAAUGUGAUGGACAGCUCCCAGCUCUGCAGACCAGAAAUGCUCAGAGAAAAGGCCGGCGGGAGUGUGCUGAUUCCCCUCCUGGACGAUGUUUGCCCGCGGGCUAAAGAGGAAGUGUGCCGACGGCGACGAGGACGCAGAGGGUGCCCUGGCCAGCUUGCAGCGGCAGUCGCUCCUGGACAUGUCUCUGGUCAAACUGCAGCUGUGCCACAUGCUGGUCGAGCCCAACCUCUGCCGCUCGGUCCUCAUCGCCAACACAGUGCGGCAGAUUCAAGAAGAGAUGACCCAGGAUGGGACUUGGCGGGUGAUGGCGCCCCAGACUGCAGGACAGGUGCCGCGGGACCGCCUGGUGUCCACAGAGAUCCUGUGUCGCGCGGCCUGGGAGCAGGAGGGGGAGCGCCCUGCCCCUGACUCGGCCGACAGCCAUGCACCAGACCUGGUGUCCCAUCUGUGUGGGACGCCGAGCGCACCGGCCCCAAGGAGCACACAGGGCUGUGUUUGGGACGUGGAUCGCCCUGGGGAGAACAGGGGGAGCUUGCAGAAGUCUCUGGAUCAGAUAUUUGAAACACUGGAGAGUAAAACCCCCAGCUCUAUGGAAGGGCUGUUUGGGGAUGUGGACAGCCCCUACUAUGACCUGGAUGCUGUGUUGACCGGAAUGGUGGGCGGCAAGUCGGGCCACGGCGACGGGCUCGAGGCCUUGUCCUCUGCGGCGGCCCCGCCCCCCGGCUCGGGCUGCAAGUCAGACCUGGGUGAGUUGGACCACGUGGUGGAGAUCUUGGUGGAGACCUGAGCCGGCACCACCCAGCGGGACACGCCACGGAUUGACUGUCAGGCCACGGAUCCCCCAGAGCGCCGUCUGACCAGGGUCGGCCUCUGUUGUGUCUGUGAUUACCAACUCGGCCGGGACAGCAUCCAGCCUGCCCGCUGCCCUCUCCCCUUCUCCCACUCCUAGGGGCUGGGCUGUUUCCUGCGGGCUGGUCACCCCGGGCCAGCCUGACCUGCCGCCAGCUGCAUCCAGCCUCGUUUAACUUUAGAUAGGUGAAUUUUUUAAAUUAAGUUUUACAUGUUUUGGGCAAUAUUUGGCUUAAGAUAUAUUUUUUAAACUUUUUAUACUUUUAUCUCUAGAUCUUUUUCAGCUAUUUUCUUAAAAGUAUAUUUUUUCUAUAAACAUCCUCUGCUGCUAAUUAGAGACAUUUAUAACCUGAACACUUGCAGUGGGUUUCAUUUUUAAGGUUUCAGUAUGGACAGUUCUUAUUCAUGAGCCUUGCCCUACCCGAGGCAGCAGUGUUCACGGGUCACGGCUGUCCACUGCUCCAGUCAGCGCCAGCCUGUCCUGGGAACGCAGUGUAGGUUUGGGAGGUUUAAUUUAUGCCUAUUUAUAUGUAAAUGUCAUUGUGGAGAUCAUGGCCCUAGUUGAUGUUGGGAAACCCAGGUGUCUGGGGUGCUUCCUGAGGAACUGACUCUUCGGGGUGGGCCCCGUGUGCCUGCACGCCACUGGGCACUCGUUGUAGAGUGCUUCUAAGGAGCCUGGCUGCCUGCCAUGUGCCAGGCAUGCUUGUCCGCGUGCUGUGCGAGUGGAGCGUGCCCACACCUGCUCUAGGAAACUGGUGCUGGGACCCAGUUUUAAGACUAAAUUUAAAUCUAGAAUUAAAUCUGGGCACAGGUCAUUUAUUGCCCCUUGAUCUUGAGGGCACUUGACAGUGGGGUUGGUGGGGUGGUGCCACUUACAGGAGCUUGUGGUGCCUGCGGGACCCAGAUGGCCCACGCCUUCUAGACCUUUUCCUCCAGUUUACGUUCACACGUAAGACUGCGCUCCCCCCCCCCACGUGCUUCCUGUUUCUCAUGCUCUUUCUUCCUUCCCGAACCCUUAGCCAAAAAGGUUUGUUUUCUUUUGUGCGUAUGGCCAUUCUUUAAUAUCAAUGAUGUACACCUCACUUUAUUAAAAGAUUAUUCAACAAAAUGGAGGCAUGCUGAUUGUCUGCCUGGCUGCUUGAGUGCAUCUGUUUUCUGGUGCAUUUCAGGUGCCUCCUGGAGAUGGGAGAGGAAUUUCAUUUGAGGCGUUAAAUGGGCAGCGCAACGCUCCCAUCCCCCAGGUCUGUGCCUGAGGGGAGCGAGGGGUGAGACAGCAGGGUCCUGGGAAGUGCAGGUGCGAGGCAGGGCGGAGUGUGGCGCACCCAGGGUUGCUCCCUUCAGAUUUGGACAGUAUUUCCUUCUUAGUUUAAACUGUGUGUCUUGGAAGCAAUAAACCUAAAGCAGUUUUUGUGUCUUUUAUAGCAUUUCUAUGUUUUUAAAAUAUUUUUUCAUUUCCAGAGUAGCUGCAGUGUCUAUCUUGACAGUCUUCAAAGCAUGAAAUAUUCAGAGGAGUGGGCAGGCCUGUGGGUCAGGCCUCGGCUUUGGGCCUCCCACCGUGACAUGGCUGACCCCAGACACCGCCCUCUGUGCCAGCAACCCCCCACCCCUUGGCUCUUGUGGUUCUUUCUCAGCUGCCCACUCUCAGUUUGGGCCCCCUGGGGUGCUGAUGACCUGCACGUCCCAGGCUGGCUGACGGUCCUCCGGGGAGGAACAGGCAGGUGGCCAGCUGCUGACGAUGGGCCUGCACAGUAGGUGCGGGACUCAGGCCUUCUAGGCCCCUGUGUGCACGUGGUCACGGCUUUCUGUAAACUGCAAAGGAAGGCCGCUGUCCACCCACCACCCCUCCUGCCCCUGGCCUGGCCGGUGGAGCUUUGUGCAGCCUGGGACUCCCAGGAAGGGCUUUGGGGUGUGUCCCGGCUCCUGGCACAAAGGGCAGUUCGGGCACCACGCUGGGCAUUGGGGGGCAUGGGGAGAGGGGAGGGGGAGCCAGGUUUGGGGGCUUCCCAGCCCUGACAGCAGGGCCAGUGACCACACAGCCUGGCCGGUGAUGAGUCGCUAAGCUCACAGCAACUUCUGGAGCUGGCAGUGGUAAACGUACUUCGAAUCACCUUUUUGCGUAGUGAGACUAUGAAUACUGUCACAUGAGGUGAUUAAAAAAUUCACUGUCAAAUGCAGGAAAAUGUAUCAAGAUGCACCAGGAAUUAAAGUAUUAUUUUC